AUGAAUUCUUCUAAAGUGUUGAGAUGUAGCAUACAGUUAACAAGACUGCAUAAAAUCAAUAAUAUUCCUGUUGGCCGUAAAUUUUCUACGGGUUCUCAACUAUUACGGAAUUAUUCAAAGGUUGCUGGGAUCACAGGAGCAGGCAUUAUAAGUAUCAUAGCAUAUGGGCUUACAUCUGACUUCAAAGUUUAUGCCUAUUCAAAGAAAGAUAGAGCAAAUGACGAAUAUCUAAGCGGUCUACACUUGACAUCACGCGAGAAACGUUUCAUUAAGUUCGCUUCAGUUGAAUACCAUGGGCAACUUUAUAUGACUCCUCAAGACUUUUUGGAAUCAUUCGUUGACGAGCAACCUAGAGCUCGGCUUCAGAGACACUUUAUGACUGAUAAAGAUUUGGAUGAAAUUCGAGAUAAAGUACCUGGGCUAAAAAAGGGAUCUUCACAACUUUUUCGAACACUCAGAGACAAAGGAAUCAUAUCGUAUACAGAAUAUUUGUUUUUAUUAUCCGUGUUAACCAAACCACAGAGUGGAUUUCGUAUAGCAUUUAAUAUGUUUGAUACGGAUGGUAACCAUAGGGUAGACAAAAAUGAAUUUCUGGUGAUAACACGGCUCCUAGCUGGAAAACCAGCCUUCAGAAUAGAUCUUAAUAAACAUGCUAAAGAAAUUUUGUCCCAAUUAUCUACGAAACAAGUCGCUGUCGUUCAACGGGUGCCUGACGAAGAUUCAAACAUCAUUAACCGCGCUGCUGAUGAUUUGAUGGAAAAAAUCUUUAGCCAGUCUUGGAAGGACAAACACGGCGUGGAAGACGGCAAGGCCGACACCGACAAAAUAGGCGCCGACGACUUUGUUGACGACGCUCAGGGGCUACAAAAAAAACAUUUGGUCGACACCACGUUGAUCGUUCAUUUUUUCGGCAAAAAGGGAGACAACGUGCUACUGUACGAAGACUUCAGAAAUUUUAUGGAAAAUCUACAAACUGAAGUACUUGAAAUGGAGUUCCAACAGUUUGCCAAAGGAGGAGAUACCAUAAGCGAAAUGGAUUUUGCCAAAAUAUUAUUGAGAUAUACUCACUUGGAUACUGAUCUGUGCGAUACAUAUCUGGACCGAUUAUUGGAGAGAAUCAAAAUGGACAAAGGCAUACCACCAGGCAUUUCGUUUGAUGAGUUUAAAGUGUUUUGUCAAUUCUUAAAUAAUUUGGAAGACUUUACUAUUGCUAUGAGAAUGUAUACACUGGCCGAUCACCCAAUAUCUAAAGAUGAAUUUCAUAGAGCUGUUAAGAUAUGUACAGGGACCAGUUUGAGCAAGCACCUUGUGCAUACCGUGUUUGCCAUAUUUGACGAGGACGGUGAUGGUCAAUUGAGUUAUAGAGAGUUUAUUGCUAUUAUGAAGGACCGGCUAAACAGAGGAUUCAAGUCAUACACAAAAAAUGAAGGAUGGGAUGCAUUCAAAAUCUGUUUGAAACAUGAAAUUAAAACUCCUAAUUAA